AUGUUCGUCUCUUUAUUUCAGCUUACCGUUGCUUGUGUCACUGCAGCUUCACUCUAUCUAUCGUACUGGAACAUCACUGCUUCCAUCGCUCGUCGGAAUGCCAUCAGCAAACACCGUUGCAAAGCCCCAUUGGCUUACCCUCACAAAGACCCCUUCUUCGGCCUCGACGCCGUUCGGGAUGCGAUUACCGCAGCCAAGUCAAAGACUUCGAUCGCGCGCCAAAUCGGACAGCAUCUGCGCUAUGGAAGUACCUUUUCCUCCAAGUUCUUCAUGACUCCCGUCAUCAGUACGUCGGAGCCGGAGAACAUCAAAGCCGUGCUCUCGACAAACUUCGGCGACUACGGUAUCGGCUCACGUCGAAAACGGGCCUUCGCUCCACUUCUGGGCAAGAGUAUCUUCCAGGUCGACGGACCGCAGUGGAAGCACUCGCGGGAUCUUCUUCAGCUUUGUCUCACGAGGAGCCAGGUGGUCGAUCUGCCGAUGUUUGACUUGCACGUUACGAAGCUGAUCAAGGCCAUCUCUAGGCAUGGAUCCGCGACCGUCGAUCUGGGAAUCUGGUUUCCCCGGCUGAUAGCCGAUUUUUCCACGGACUGCUUCUUUGGCAAAGGGAUGGGUUCGAUCGAAACACCUUCGUCUUUGAGCACCGAGUUUGUGCAAGCUAUGCACGACGCUCAAGCGGGCUGUGAAGAUAGGUGGAAGCUGGGUCAUUUCAGCAGCCUGUUCCCGCACCGGGAAUUUUACAGAAACGUCAAGAGAGUCCAUGAGUUCAUCGACCAGCAUGUGGAGAGAGCUAUGGGAUUGCACGAUUGCACGGAGGGAAGGCCAGAAGUUGGUCGUUCCGAAGGAGAAGACCGGCGCGUCUUUCUCUAUGAGCUCAGCAAGCUCACCGACGACCAGCAAUUCCUUCGCGACGAGAUCCUGACCAUCUUUUCUGCUGCCUUCGAUCCUGUUGCGGCUCUUCUCACGAACCUUUUCUUCAUUCUUGCCAAAAGGCCCGAUGUAUGGGAGCUCCUGCGUGGAGAGGUGAGGCCCCUCGAUGGUAAAAACCCGGAUAUGAGCCAGCUCCGGUCUUUGAAGUACCAUCAGUUCUGUCUCAAAGAAUGUGAGGGUCCUCACACGACUUCAUGGCUAGAAUUGAUUGGAAAUUAA